AUGCGAGGAUUGUACAUUUUUGGGUUACUGCUGUUCCUUGGAGUCGUUCAGGCUUACGAAUAUUCUUCUUUGAGGGAAAAUGAACCUGUGUACGUUGAGGACAUGGAACCAAGCAGUACUCAUGGUGGGCGUAUAACGGGAGGCUGGGAGGCCAGGGAGGGCCAGAUCCCCCACCAGGUCAGCCUGCGCAUGAUCAACGCGUGGGGGAGCGUGUCCGCGUGCGGCGGAUCCAUCAUACAUGAAGAAUGGAUCGUCACGGCUGCCCACUGUUUGGCCAACCGCCAUACCUACAUCGUGCGGCUGGGCGUCCGGAACCUCACCCAGCCCACCAUCAUCAUGGAGGAGAGCAUCACCAACCGCGUGAUGCAUCCCAACUUCAGCGAGACUCUGGGAUGGGUGCAACCCGACGACAUCGCACUCCUUAAGUUAAGCAAGAAGAUUGUUUGGGGACACACGAUCCAGCCAGUUCGUCUCCAGAACUCGAAGCAGAAAGACGUCGAUUACACCAACGUACAGCUCACAGCUAGCGGCUUCGGCCUUACUAAUGAUCGCGCAGAAGGUGGAGAGUCGUCAGAAGUGCUCAUGUUUGUGAAUCUGCGCGGUAUCAGCAAUGACGAUUGUCUGAACUACUACCUCUACAUGGACCCGCAGACUCUGUGCGCUAAGUAUUUUAAUGACACCAGGCAGUCCACUUGUGCGGGUGACAGCGGCAGUCCGAUAACCCAUGUGGGCAGAGACGGGCGGCUGACCCAGGUCGGCAUCGUCAGCUUCGGUCACCGUCGUGGUUGCACGCUUGGGAUAGCCACUGGUCACGUCCGUCCGGGUUACUACCACGAAUGGAUCCGAGAGAGCACCGGCAUUGACUUCGAUUGGGACUAUUACGAACGAGAUGCGGUUUUACCUGACACAGACUCUGGUGUUCAAGUCAUAGACAAAUAGAUGUAACCUAAACCAUCGUGUGGCACAUUUAAAAUUCAUAAAAUAUUUUGUUUUGCUGUUCCUAAAGUUAUUGAAAGUUAAUAUCAGUUUAUAAAUUAUUUUAAUUAAACAAAUGCUUUUUCUCUAAUCUUGCUCAAAAACAUUGUCAUAUUACCACUCCACAGCGGGGCUAAACAAGCAUUUCAGCUUCUAGGGGCUAAAGUAAUUCUGUUUUUUUUUAAUUUUUGUCUGUUACGAGUUUUAUUCGUAAAUAGAAUCAUUGUAAGUAAGGCUCUUCUUCUUCUUCAUUUAGUUAUAUGGCUCCGCGCAUCUCCCCGAAACAUCUAAAGUUGUACCAUUUUGUACCUACAUUUUAAUUUUCAAAUAAAAUAAGACAUUGAAUACUGUACCGAGUUAUUUCAUUUUCUCGCAAUCGUAGUGAAAAGUAUUGUGUAACACGCGGGGCUAAACCCAUUAUAAACUCAGUUUCUAUUUAGGCCUAAAAAUACCUCGUUUAAAAUGGGUUUUUUUA